AUGGUGUUCGACGACCAGCGGCUUCCGAGUCGGCUGUUCGACGACCAGCGGCUUCCGGGUCGGCCGAGUCAGGGGCAGCAGGGGUUCUCUAGCCAAGCCCUUGAUGACGUCUCUGAUGGAAUCGAGAGCGGCUCCAACACCAGCGAGAGCGACACUUCUCGCAACACAUCUGUCUCCACUGAACUGCCCAGCAUCGUCUCCUUGGAGCUGGUCGGGCCCCCUCUGGACAGAGCCAAAUCAUACGUGCUGGACCUUUACCGCCGAGAACUGCCUGCCACCAGGCCUAAUGACAGUGCUCGCUCCCAUGGAGCACGACUGGGAUGGGCCAAGCGUGAUCUUGCAAAGCGUGACUGGAACUCCACCAAGUGGGUGGCCGGCCGCCUGCUGUCCAACUCGAGACUGCACGACUGGCUGGGCUUUGUGCAGGAAGAAGGGCAUGCACCCAGAGACGAGCGUCUCGGCCGUUGGUCUUCUACCGAUCACGAAAUCUACGUGCUGCUCCCUUCCAGAGGCCUGUACCAGCUAGGUACCCUAAACGUAACACCACGCGAUCCCGCCGAUCCUCUACGACUUUGUUUGUCCCUACACAACCUCACCCCGCUUCCUUCCCAGCCCCAGCACGACACAGCAGGUGUGUUGGCCGGGCUGGCCAUGAUGCCAGCUGCUGGCGGUUGGAGACAGGGUGCUCCCCAGGGCUUUGGCACAGAGGUGUCCUACGACAAACACGGAGGCAUCCUUGUAUUGGCACGGACGGAGGUAUUCACAAACAUGGCAUUUCAAGAGGUUUACCCGGGUCGGCUGGUGCACUUUCGCGCCACACACAUCCGGACUCACAUGACUGUUGAUGUCAUCGGCCUUUAUCAGCAUGUUUGGCGAUCGCAGCUUCCUGCUGAACAGAACCAUAUCUAUAGGAAGGAUAUUUGGGACAAGCUUAGCUCCCUCCUCCUCAGCAUCCCCACACGACAUGUUGUCAUGGUGGCAGGAGACUACAACUCUGUGCUUCAGCCGCUGCCGCCCCACGUUGGGCCGGCUGCAACAGCCAAAGCAGGCUCCGCUACCACUGAUAAAUCCCUGGGCCAAACUCAAAUCGACUUUGUGAUGGCGCGCAUUCGGGAUAGCAAAGGAUUAGCUAAGAUGGCUCGGCCCCAGCAUUCCUUCCCGGUAGGUGCGUGGCGCAAGGACGGACACUGGCCCGUGGAGGCCUGUCUACCAGUGACACCUUUUCACCGUAGACCCCAGGCAUCCCGCCCUGUAGCUGCAGCUUACGACACCAAAGCACUACAGCUUGCCGUCAUAACACAAAGUCCGGAGGCCGAAGCCCUCCGCCUUGAUGUGGAAGGCCGACUGCCUGGCCUGCAGGCCACCUCUUUGCUGGGUGUCCGAAACGGUGUAAAUCAGGUUAUGUUAGAUGCCCUCAGUAGGCACUUUCCCCUCCGACCCCGACCUGACACACGCAUCAGUGCGCAAGGGCCCUAUCGAGCCUCUGCUCGAGAGACUUGGCGCCUUUAUCGGGUCUACAAGGCCCCUCGAAUAGCCUAUGGAUUAAGAGUUUGGAGAAAAUGGUUUGACUAUGCCAGGUUCCGUCGAGCGUCUGCGGCCUUGCGGGCCCAAAGUCAGCAACUCAAACGAUCUGCUCUGCUUAGCAAACUGGAAGAAGCCGAACAAGCCGCUGUGGCAGGCAACCAGCGCGUCUUGCAUCAGAUCGUCAGGAGCCUGGCUCCUUCGUCUUUUCAGAUUGUAUCCCGCCUUCGCAGCCCUUCGGGUGCUCUGCAGAGCAAGGCCGAUGAGCUUCAACAAAUCUUGCAACACGCCAAGGCUGUUUUUGCCAAGCAUUCAGAUCACUCUGAAAUCAGCUGCUUGCAUCAAGACUUUCACAUCACAGAUGCAGAGGUACAAGCUGAGCUUCGCAAACUGGGGGUGGCCAAGGCAGUCCCCAAAACUGUAGCCCCGGCGGCAUGUUGGAAGCUGUGCUCUUCCGGCCUUAGUCAGGCACUGGGCCCUGCUCUUCGAACACACUUUCGAGCUGGCAGUGUCUGCCGUCUUCAGCAGGAGCUCCAUGAUGCACAUGUGUCCCUGAUCCCGAAACCCAAUAAACCUGCAACGGAGGUAGCCAACCUCCGACCCAUAGGCUUGCAGUGUCCAUCAGCUAAAGUAGUGGCUGGGCUAGUUCGCCAGAAAUUGCUGGAUGUCCUGACACCUCUCCUGCAGUUCCAGCCCCAAUAUGCUUACACGAAGUGCAGAGGAACUUUCAAUGCCAUCCUCCGCGUGCAUGGACACUUCGAGCAAGUGGGUCAGCUCCUGAGAGCCAAUAGACUCGACCGCUUCCAGCAGCACCAGGGGAGCCAGAGACUCCCCUUCUUCGGUGGCUUAAGCUUAUCUUUGGAUUUGACUAAAGCUUUCGAUCUGACUGAUCGGCCUAGACUGUAUGGUACGUUGUCCGAAUUUGGGGUCUCACAGGAUGUAAUCUCUAUAGUGCAGCAACUCUACAAGGAUGCCCGUUAUAUCUUCCGAGCCGGCUCCUUGGAGCAUGCCCUUGUCACAACCAACGGGCUUAAGCAAGGAUGUCUCAUUGCACCUUUUCUUUGGUGCUACUACACCUUGGCCCUUCUCCAUACCCUACAGGCCAAACGCGAUGGCGAUUGGGCAAGGCGGGUCAUUACGCUUUUUGCUGAUGACACGUGGGGGAGUUGGGUCUUGAAGUGUAAAGAAGAUUUCUACAGGGCCUUGGAUGACUUAACAAUCAUACUUGAAACCUUAGUGGAGUACAAAAUGGAGAUCAAUUAUAAAAAGACUGCCAUCCUGUUGAGAAUUGAGGGCAAACAAGCCAAAGCCAUUCUUCAUGAGCAUUGCUGUCUAAAAAAUGGGCAACGUUUCUUGAAAGUGGUUGUACAUGGCCAAAUUGAGCUCAUUCCCAUUAAGGACUCACACGAAUAUCUGGGCACACAGGUUUCAUAUCGACAUCGUCUUGACAAAAAUCUCAAUUCCCGUGUGCAGGCCGGACAGGCCAAACAUCAGCAACUCAAAAAGGUCUUGAACGGCACCCAUGUUCUCUCGAGCCAUCAUAGAGUUCGUCUCUGGGCUGCUUGUGUUCAGACCAGUCUCGUCUAUUCCUUGCCGGCGGUUGGGGUAACCAAGAUAGGUCUUCAGAAACUUGAAAAGGUCAUGGUGAGGCACCUGCGCGCCAUUUUCCGACAGCCUGCACACCUCACCCACAGCACCAAUGCCUCCAUUUGGGAGCGGGCUCGCCAGGUACCUGCAGGACGCCUCCUGCUUGGGGCCGUCGAAAAUUUCACUGCCAAGCUGCAAGCCAAGCGGCUUGAGGCACCGGAUAUCACCACGGAACAGGCAGUGUUUGAUCAACUCGACUCUCUCAUAGCCUCCCUGCGGCGUUUGGUGGAUGAGUGUAGCCAAACCACCCAACAGUCCACUGAGGACGCUACUCUUGAUCACCUGUGUCCGGAGUGUGCCAUGCCAUUCUCCAGUGAUAAUGCACGGCGUAUACACUGCAAGCUGAAGCAUGGCUACUUGCCGGAACAUGCCACGAGCAAACCGGUGAAAUUUCAAGCCCAUUUGCAUGCUUGUGGGGGCCUCCCCCAAUGUCAGCUUUGCAAUCGUCGCUUCGGCAGGUGGCAGCAGCUUCGCCGGCACAUAGAAGAUGGCUCCUGCCAUGUCCUCGGAGGAGAAAGCCUCACCAAACACCCUAUCAAUACGCAAGACGCUCAGGUGGCGUCGACUGAUGACACAGCAGCGAUUGACCCGGCGACCGCCACGGGUGUUCAUCAAAACAUGCCGUUAGUUCGCAGACACGAUUUCUUAAGUCGAUUGCAUGACUGGGAAGCACUGCUCCGUGAUCAUCGGUCAGUGAACGAUCUGGCGGAACUCAAUCCGGAAGCCGAGAUCUUUGCACACUGCCAUCCGAGCUUACUGUCGUUCCAUUCGCAGGCCGAGACGCCAACCAAGGAUCAACCGAGCAAGCGACCGCGACAGGAAGAUUCCACACAGAAGCCGGGGAAUCAGGUGUUGCAAAAACAGCAAGGCAAUCGGCCCACAGGAAAUCUGAUGGAAAGCUUGAAGCUACUAGCAAGGCUGCUAGUGCAACACGAAGAUCAGUUGGCGGCAUUGCGCAUGGACAAGGGCUUCGUGCUUUUUGCACGCCAAGAUCAGUUCUCGCUCAUUCCGGCGAUGUACGCCAUCUCGAAAGAGUGGAACCACACUCGCGAGACCGAACCCGAGAAGCUUCAGUCCCCAUUGAGAACUCUCCUCUUAGCUUGUCUCAUUCGGGAACUGAUGCAAAGAAUCCAGAAGAUGGUGGCAACCACCGAGGGGAUGGACAAACUCAAGGCCGCCAGUUGGAUGACAGCUGGAGGCGAGUGGUGCUUCAUGAAGUUCUGUCAUCGAACCAAGAAGCUCAUCCCCAACCCGGCCCAGUCUGCCAUGGCACACGACGAGGUCAUCCGUCUUCUGACAUUCUUGUUGACAGCGAUGCAGGGGGAGAUAAUACACAAGUUCUGCAGCACUCGACCACUCAAGCAAUUGGAGGGCUCGGCAGACCAGAAACCCCAAGCUGUGUUUCUGCUGGAGAUCUCCCUACGGGGGGAGAAAGCGGGGGAAGUUCACGAGGCCUUCUCCAGGUUGGCCAAUCUUUCGGUGUGGCAAUUGAUCAGGGUCUCGAUGAAGCGAGAGUCGCUGCAGCGAUCCAAUGCGGCGAAGAAAGUUGCACAGCUGCUCGGACAGCGGUGA